AAGUCCAUAGCAUAUAAUCCCAAAUUCAUUCCCCUUCUUCUCCUCGUUCUCUCUCUAAUACUAAUAUAUAUAGGUUUUUAUGCUCUUCGUAUACUCUGUGUGUUGAUAUUUAUUAAUUCUAUUCAAUCGAGGGCUAGGGUUUAGAAAGCUUCUAUCUCUUUAAUUUGAUGGAGGAAAACGAUGAUAAUCUAUCCAAUAAAUCUCGGCUUAUUGAUAUUGAUGAUACAGUAGAUACGCUAGAGCCCAAAGAAUGCGAUGUGGCUGGUGAAAAAAGCAGCGAUUUUGAGUGUGUUGGUCGUGAAAUUGAAGAAGCUGAGGCUUCGAUUCCUGUGACCGAAUCGGAAAAUCUGUCUGAGAAUUGUGUGGAGCUGGAAAUUGAUGGUAAGUUUAGUGACGGCGUGGAGGUGGAAGCCGGGGAAUUGGAAAGGAAGGAUGAGUUGAGUGGUGAAAUAGAGGUUAGUGGGGUCGGUGUGGAUGCGAGUGGAAUUGAGGUAAGAGAUGAUAAGGAUGAUGAAAUUGAGGGAGAAGUUUUGUAUGAUACUGUGCGAGGAGAUGAUAAGAAUGAUGAAUUAGAGGGAGAAGUUGUGGCGGAGAAGAAAGAUGAAUUACAGGGUAAUUAUGGGUGUCAGGUUGCGAAAGAGGGGGAGGUAGAAGGUAAUGGUGUCGACGAGGGAGAGAUAUUGGGGGAUAAUGAUCAGGUGGAAGAUAAAGAUGUUUGUGAGGAUGGUUUUGACGAUAAGCAAAAUGUUUGCGUGCAGGUAGUGGCGGAAAAGAAAGAUGAAUUGGAGGUUGAAGGUGGUAUGAAUGUGGGAGAAGAAGCGGGGGAUAAAGUUGUGCCCGAGAGUGAGAUAAAAGAUGAGGCUGGGGUUGAAUUACAGGCAGGGGCUGUAUGUGAGGAAGUGAAAGCGGAGGAGCUUAAAGGUGAUUGCGGAACUGAGGUAGUCGGGGAAGCUCUGUGUGAGGUUGGCAAUGAGGCUGAGAACAAAAGUGAGAUUGAGACUGAGAUGAAAGUGAGUCGGGAGCCUGUUAAGAAUGUUGAUGAUAUGGUGGAGGAGGAGAAAGUGGAAAUGGGAUAUGUCUCGAGUCAGUCUCUGAAUGAAGUGGAGGAAAGGGCUGCUAAUAUUGAGGAUAAUGCAGAACAUAGUUCCGGUUUAAUUGGUCUUGCCGAAGAUACAGUCAUGGAGGAAAAGAAUUUGGUAAUGGAAAGUGUAAACAAGAAAAGAGAUGAUGAGUUGGAUUCUGCUCCAGAGUCUGAUGAUGAAGAAGAUAUAAUGGAAACUGGAAGAGAAUACGAUGAGGAUAAAUUUGAAGGAGAGGUUCCUCAACCAGAUGGUGAUUCACAGUUGGCUGAAGAUGAAGAAGAUAUAAUGGAAACUGAAAGAGAAUUUGAUGAGGAUAAAUUUGAAGGAGAGGUUCCUCAACCAGAUGGCGAUUCACAGUUGGCUGAAGAUGAAGAAGAUGAAAGAUUGGUGGGGGACGAGGAGAUUCCCGCUGCCGAUGUUGAAAUGGAAACAGAAACUGAUGCAGGUGAAUUAGUGAAGAUCAGUGGAGGGAAGCGGAAGAGAGGAAAGAAUACAAAAGCUGCAGGAAAAGCUCAACCACUCAAUAUGGUCGGACUUCCGGUUGAGGAGGAGGAUGUUUGUUUUGUUUGCUUUGAUGGUGGAGACCUCGUGCUGUGCGACCGAAAGAACUGCCCUAAAGCAUACCAUGCUUCUUGUGUUAAUCGUAAUGAGAAAUUCUUUCAAGCCAAGGGUCGUUGGAAUUGUGGUUGGCAUCAGUGCAGCCAUACAAACUGUCAGAAAAAUGCAUACUAUAUGUGCUAUACAUGUACUUUUUCCUUGUGCAAAGGAUGUAUUAAGGAUGCAGUCAUAUUAUGUGUUAGAGGAAACAAAGGCUUUUGCGAAGCUUGCAUUAAAAUUGUGAUGAUGAUUGAAGAUAAUGCACAAGGAAGUCAGGCACAAAUUGAUUUUGAUGACAAGUCUAGCUGGGAGUACCUCUUCAAGGAUUACUGGAUAGAUCUUAAAGAAAGUCUGUCUAUUUCUCCAGUUGAAAUUGCUAAGGCUAAAAACCCAUGGAAAGGAUCUGCUUUAGGGGCUAGCAAAAAUGAGUCUCCUGGGGAGCAGCUUGACACAAAGGAUGAUGUUGGUGUUGGAACUGAUAAUGCCUCUGAUAAUCCUGAAGCGAGUAAGCCUAAAAAAAGAAAGUACAGUAAACGUCUAAAGUCUCGUGCUACUAAGCAAGAUGAGUCGACAAGUGAAGCAAUAACAGCUGGCGCGGAAAGAAAGUCUACACCUAAAAGCACCGAAUGGGCAUCAAAAGAGCUUUUAGAAUUUGUUAUGCACAUGAGAGAUGGGGAUAGAACUGUUCUAUCUCAGUUUGAUGUUCAGGCCCUAUUGCUUGAAUACAUAAAAACAAAUAAACUUCGUGAUCCUCGUCGAAAAAGUCAAAUCAUUUGUGAUGCUAGGCUUGAAAAUAUAUUUGGAAAAGCUCGUGUGGGACAUUUUGAAAUGUUAAAACUUCUUGAAUCUCACUUUUUAAUGAAGGAGGAUACACAGAUAGAUGAUGUUCAAGGUAGUGUUGUUGAUACUGAAACCAACCAUGUUGAUGCUGAUGGGAACAUUGAAUGUGUGAUAAAAAGUGGGAAGGAUAGGAAACGUAAAACACGGAAGAAAGAUGGCCGGGAACGUCAAUCUAAUCUUGAUGAUUAUGCUGCCAUUGAUAUUCAUAACAUUAGCUUAAUAUACCUAAGAAGGAAGUUGAUGGAGGAUCUACUGGAAGAUAUUGAAACCUUUAGUGACAAGGUGGUUGAUACUUUUGUGAGGAUAAGAAUUUCUGGUAGUAAUCAGAAGCAAGACAUAUAUAGGCUAGUCCAAGUCAAAGGUACGACCAAAGUAGACGACUUCUAUAAAGUUGGCAAGCGGACAACUAAUCUGAUGAUAGAAAUUUUAAAUCUUAACAAGAAGGAGGUUAUAUCGAUUGAUAGCAUUUCAAAUCAGGAGUUCACGGAGGACGAAUGCAAACGUUUACGCCAGAGUAUAAAGUGUGGGUUCAUCGCGCCCAUGACGGUGGGUGCCAUUCAAGACAAGGCCAUGGAAGUCCAGGUUGCAAGAGUAAAUGAUUGGCUUGAAUCAGAAGUACAGCGGCUUACUCAUCUUCGUGAUAGAGCAAGCGAUUUAGGCAAAAAGAAGCAACUCAGAGAGUGUGUAGAGAGUUUACAGCUUCUGAGGACCCCUGAAGAGCGUAGGCGUAGACUAGAAGAUAUUCCUGAGAUACAUGCAGACCCAAAGAUGGACCCUGAAUUUGUGUCGGAAGAUAAUGAUAGUGAAAUUGACAGUAGUAAACAAGAAAUAUAUACGAGGCCCAGAGGUUCUGGGUUUAGCAGGAGAGGAAGGGAGCCCAUAUCUCCUGGAAGUGGUGAUGCGAAAGAAUCCUGGACUGGUAGCAGGAGAAGUUCUGGUAAAGGUUGGGAACUUAACAGAAAUUUGUCGGAUAAGAAUCUUGCAAAUACAGUUGAAGAUGCUCCUCUUAGUAUUGGAGUAUCUGCUGAUAACUCAUGGAAUAAUGGUAGAGGCAGCGAGACAGAAAAACCUAUUAUAUUGGAGAAGCCAAAUUCAGUUACAAGUUCUGAAGCUUUUGGAUUUAAUAGAAAUUCUGCUGCUAGAUCUGAUUCAUCCUCUCAUGUACAAUCACAAAAGUCUCCUGCAUCUUUGCUUGCUCCAGUUGCUACAGCUCCAUUGAACAUCAGUGAAAUAGACAAGAUAUGGCAUUACCAGGAUCCACAUGGAAAAGUUCAAGGCCCGUUUUCUAUGGCUCAGUUACGUAAAUGGAGCAAUACCGGAUACUUUCCCUCUGAUCUCAGAAUAUGGAGUAGUUCUGGAAAUAAAGAUGAUUCUUUGCUUUUGACUGAUGCAUUGGCUGGGAAGUUUCAAAAGCUGCUCCCAGACAAUGGGAUUCCAAAUAGUAAUAACCUGCAUAAUCCUCAUCUCCCACCCUUGCACUCUUUACAUCAAGGGCGGGAGGUUCAAGAUGCCGAGAAAUUGAACUCUGAUCAGAACCAUUUUACCAUGGAUUCAAAUAUUAAUUCAGCAUCAAGGAAUUGGGCUGCUCAUUCAGUUGAGAUCCCACUACUUUCUGCAGACGGGACAAAUUCUAAUCAUAAUGGCAGAAACAAUUUGGUAAAUCUCCCUUCCCCUACCCCAAAACAAAGGUCUUCUGGGGAAGCGGGCCGUCCUAUUGGUGGCGUCUCUCUACCUGGUAGCAUUGAAGCCUUGCAGUCACCUGCGGCAGCUACCCCAGAUAGUACCAGGAACUUGAUGCUGGCAUCUGAGAAAACUCCUUCAAUUUCUCAUCCUGCUUUUGGGGCAUCACCUAACCCUGAACAGGGUAAUCUUCUAGGCUCAACUAUAUCUCUUCCAAAUCCUCAGUCAACUGUGGCUUCAUUGCAUGGAGGGCAGAAUGUCAGCCAUCCGUUUAUUGCACCUGAAACUAAUGCUAAUAUCGUGCAGUCUGUCACUGCUAACAACCCUGCACUUGGAACGCAGAAUUGGGCUGGUGCCCCUACCCAGAGUUUGGAAGCAAAUUCUUCGAUUCAAGCAUCCACCCAACAGCCGGUGUACGCUCAGUGGAGUGGGGUUCAAUCAACUCCUGUGCAGAAUCCAUCUAUAAAUUUUCCAGUGCAAGGUGUCCCGCAGGUACCAAACUCCUGGAGGCCUCCAAUGCAAACUAAUCAAACUAACAUGCAGCCUAAUGUCCAGUGGGGAACGGGAAUUGCAGACAACAGUGCUUCUCAGAACUUGCAACCUGAUAAUCCAAAUUCUGGUUGGGCUUCAAUGCAAGUAAGUCCGAAUAUAGGAUGGUCAGGACCUAAUCCAAACAUGAACUGGAUGGCUAGUGUUCAAGGGGCACAACCUGGGAAUCUGAAUGCCGGCUGGGUUAUACCCGGUGGAAGUUCAGGAGUUGGUUUUCAAGGGGCAGUUCCUGGAAACAUAAAUUCAGGUUGGGUUCCUCAACCUGGCAAUGCCGUUGGCGUUGUACAAAUGCUUGGUCCGAUGAAUGCAAAUCAAGGCUGGUAUUCAAAUAUGGCAGCCAGCACUCAAGGUGCAGCCCCUGGAAACGGAAAUGCAGGUUUGGCGGCACCCAUCUCGAAUCUAGGAUCUAAUGUUCAGGGACAAAUGCCAGGAAAUGCAAAUACAGGCUGGUCAGCACCAUCAGGAAAUGCAAAUCAGGGUUGGGGCCCGCUAGCAGGGAAUCAAGGGAACAACAGAAGCCAGCACCAUCGCAUUGGUGAUAAGUUCUCUAGUCAAAAGGAUCAGGGUUCUCAACCAGGUAGAAAUUGGAACAAGCCGUCAUCAUUUGGAGGUGGAGGUGGAGGUCCUAGACAUGGCGGCUCUAGAGGAAUAUGCUAUAUGUUCCAGGACACAGGGCAUUGCAAGAGAGGAGAUUCUUGCAGUUUCCGGCACUCAUUAUGAAAUUUCAUAGUAUAUGUGAUAGGGAUCAUGUACAUUAAAUUUCAGUUUAGUGGGGCUUCCAACUCUGUUUCUGAUAGGUUUUUUGUUUUACAAAACUAGAACUUUGUGUGCUAUAGCAGCAAAUAUCAACGCCCCCUCGUUUUGUAGUAGCUUAGUUUUAAGUUGACCGGUCUUUAGUACAUUGGAUUUUAAAAGAUGCAAUAACCAGUUGAUUACUGCUA